AUGUCAGAGGACCUGGCAGCUGAGAGCUGGGGCUUCACACAGAUCACCAUCAAGACAUUUUCCUACAACUGGACCAUCAGUAACUUCCAUUUUUCUCUGGAGGGAUUGAGCGAAGCCAUUAGCAGUCCAGUGUUCUCAUCAGAAGACAAUGACCAAACCAAAAGGUGUUUGAAAUUAUACCAGAAUGGGUUUGAUGAAGAAAGCAGAGAUUACCUUUCAGUUUACCUUGCAGUGCUCAGCUGUCCAAAGAGCCCCAUUUGGGCAAAGUUCCAGUUUUGGAUCUUAGAUGGCAAUGGGGAGAAAAGAAAUAAUGUGGAGAGCCAAAGUGUCAAGAGUUUCCUGCCAGACCAACAUUGGGGAUUCAAAAACUUCAUCCCUCAAGAGUUCCUCUUCUCCCAGGCCCAAUGGCUACGACGUGGCAGGCUCACACUCUUUUGCAAGGUGAGUACGGGCCAAGAUGUCGUCACCCUUUCUCGACAGACAUUUGCAAUCAAGAUUCCAAGGUGCUCUUUGACAGAUGAGGUAGGAGAGCUGUGGGAGAAUUCCCGAUUCACAGACUGCUGCCUCUUCAUAUCUGCUGAGGAAUUCUGGGCUCACAAGGCCAUCUUAGCACCUCGGUCUCCAGUUUUCAGAGCCAUGUUUCAACAUGACAUGGAGGAGAUACGAAAGAACAGAGUUGAGAUCAAGGACCUGGAGCCUCAAGUCUUCAAGGAGAUGAUGGGAUUCGUUUACACAGGGAAGGCACCAAACCUCCACACCAUGGUCACUGGUGUUCUGACAGCUGCUGACAUGUAUGGCCUGGAGCACUUGAAGCUCCUGUGUGAGGAUGCCCUCUACAGGGACCUCUCAAUGGAGAAUGCUGCUCACAUGCUCAUCUUGGCUCAAUUCCACAGUGCAGAGCAGCUAAAAAUACGGGCACUGGAUUUCAUUACAAUUCAUGCUUCUGAGAUCUCUGAGACCUCGGGUUGGAACAUCUUGGUGGAUUUCCAUCCCCACUUGCUGACUGAAGCAUUCCAUGCCCUGGCUUCUGCACAGAAGCCUUUCAUGGAAACCACUCUCAAACACCUGAAGAGAUAG